AUGUUGGGUGAGGGGUGGGCCACCUUUGCCACCCUACCCAUUCUUGGUUCUUUUACAUUAAAUCCUUUCUUUUGCAAUUCUCCUCUUUAUUUUCGGCGUUCUGAUAUUACGUUUUCUCUCUUCGCUUCCACCAUAGUCUAUCUAUUGACAACCUCUUCCUUCUCUUUUUCUUUCUCAAUGAUUAUUUUUUUUUUUUUGCAUCGCUUCUCUUCUUUCUUUUUUGUUUCUUUCUUCUUUUGCACUGAUUUGACUUGUUCGCCAUUUUCCUCUAAUUCAUUAUUUUCUUUUUCCUUUUUUUUUUUAGUUUCUACUCUCUCUUCAUUUCAUUUUUUCAAUUGUAUUUUUUCGUUUUUAUUUUGCUUUUUUUUAAAAAAAUUAUUAUUCGUUUUUAUUUUCUUCUUCAUCUUCUUUCGUUUUUAUUUUCUUCUUCUUUUUCAUCUAAUUUUCGUUUUUAUUUUCUUCUUCUUUUCCAUCUUUUUUCCUUUAUUUUCUUCUUCUUUUUCAUCUAAUUUUCGUUUUUUAUUUUCUUCUUCUUUUCCAUCUUUUUUGUUUUUAUUUUCUUCUUUUCCAUCUUUUUUCUUUUAUUAUCUUUUUAAUCUUUUUUGA